AGGGAAGCCGAGCCUGAGCCGGAGCCAAGAAAGAAAGCAAGAAGGAAAAGUAAGAAAUACGUCCGGUGUGUCGGCUUUCGCUUUAACUGAUCCCACAAUGAUAUGCCACGUGUCCCAUCUGACGGCCGACUUCUCCGUCAACUUAUCAUCCCUUCUCUCCGUUUUUCUCCGUCUAUCCUUUAAUUUUUAUUAUUUUCUCUUAUAUCGUAAAAAACGCCGGUCAACUACCUCCUCCCCCUCUCUCUCUAAAAACCCUAAUUUCCUUUUUCUUUCUCUCUCUAUAACAAACUUUUUCACAUCUUUCUCCCCCUAUAGAGAGAAUCUGUUAUAUAACCGUUUUUCAGAUUCAGAUUAUUUGAUAUGGAAGACGAUGAAGAGAUCCGCUCACAUCAAUCAAUCGGAUCCAGAUCUGGAUCUCCAGAUUCACCGCCUGCCAAUCGCCGGAUCUCCGUCACCGUCGCUUCCUCCACGCCUUCUCCGAAUACGUUGACUUUAGCCUUACCUUUUCAACAACAGAAAACCGUUGGAUCCGGUGUCGGAGCUGGCGGUGGUGGUGGAGGAGGACGUGAGGAUUGCUGGAGUGAAGGUGCGACGGCGAUAUUGAUCGACGCUUGGGGAGAACGUUAUUUGGAGCUGAGCAGAGGGAAUUUGAAGCAGAAACAUUGGAAAGAAGUUGCGGAUAUUGUAAGUAGUCGUGUUGAUUAUUUAAAAGUUCCGAAAACUGAUAUCCAGUGUAAAAAUAGGAUUGAUACUGUUAAAAAGAAAUAUAAGCUUGAGAAAGCGAAAAUAGCUGCUGGUGGUGGACCUAGUACAUGGACUUUUUAUGACCGGUUAGAUCAUUUGAUCGGUCCAACCGCCAUUGCUAAAAGCGGUGGCGGUUUGAAAGGCGGUGGAGUUUCGUCUUUCAAUACUCCACCGCUUCGAACUGUUCCUGUUGGAAUUCCUGUUGGUGUUAGAUCCGCACCUGUUCAAAGUUUGCGACUAAAACAACAACAGGAACGCCAACAGCAACAACAACAACAACUGCAGCAACUUCAAUUCCAACAACAGCAGCAAAAACAGUUGCAGAUGCAACAACAACAACAACAACAACAACAGCAGCAGCAGCAACAGAAACAGCUACAGCUUCAGCUCCAACAACAGCGCAAGCGGCUGCCUCCGCCUCCUGCGUAUUCUGAUUCUGAAUCCGAGGAGGAGGCGACUCCGGAUUCGCCGCCUGAAUCGCAUCUUUACGCGCAGAAACGUGCUAGGUUUCCGUUUAACUCAAGGCAGCAGCAACCGGAGAAAGGGAGAGGUUCAGGAGAAAACAAUUGGGGUGAUUCGGUUAAGGAAUUGACUAGAGCGAUAUCGAAAUUUGGGGAAGCUUAUGAACAGGCUGAGAGUUUGAAACUGCAGCAAAUGGUGGAGAUGCAGAAACAGAGCAUGAAGUUUGCAAAAGAGCUUGAGUUGCAAAGGAUGCAGUUUUUCAUGAAGAUGCAAUUAGAGUUGUCACAAUUGAAACCAACUCGGAGAGGUGGUGGUGUUGGAAACAAUAACAACAAUCAUCACAAUAAUCUUAAUCAUAAUCAUCACAGCAGUAAUCAUAAUAACAUAAGCAAAAACAAUCGUAGUGAUGAUAGUAAUAAUUAAAUUAGCAGUGUUGUUAAGGUUUGGGGUUAUAUGGGGCAAUUGGGUUAUUUAAAUCAAAAGGGUUAGUGAUUGACCCUCUUUUAGAGUGUUUAGGAAGAUGUAUGUAAUUUGAAUUUGCUUGUUUUGGAACUUAUGAGUAGUUCUAUGUUUUCCCAUCUAUGUCAAAAGAUUUGGAGGUACAUUUAUUCAAUGCUUAAACAAGAUUGAUCAA